AUGGCUAUUCUCUCCGAUUACGUUGAGUCUGAACAAAACCAGCAAACCCCAACAUCUCCUUCGUCCUCAUUGUCAUUCAAGGUAGUUCUUGAUCCCUCAAACCCUCUAGGGUUUUUGGAGUCUGCCCUCGACUUUUUGUCUCAAAAGUCUGAUGUCAUCAAAACCGAUGUCUCUGCCCUAGUUAAGGAGUUCAAGAAAAGAAUCAAGGCUGAAGAGGAUUCGAAGAAAGCGGAAGAGAAAAGGCGUGCUGAAGAGAAGAAGAGAGAGGAGGAGAAGAAAAAGCUGCGGGUUCCAAACAAAGACAAUGGUCUUGACAUGGAAAAUUAUUCAUGGGCACAGACCCUGCAGGAGGUAACUAUUAUUGUUCAUGUCCCUCCUGGAACGAAAUCUAGGGACGUUGUGUGUGAGAUGAAGAAAAAAUCUGUGAAAGUUGGACUCAAAGGUCAGCCUUCAAUUCUUGAAGGAGAACUAUUUGAGACAAUCAAGGAUGAAUUGGUGGAAGUCCUUGUUCAAGGGGGUCCUGAGAUUGAUAUUCAAAAGGCUGAACCGGAGCCAAGCAGGCUGUCAGAUUUGGAUCUAGAAACAAGGUCCACUGUGGAAAAGAUGAUGUUUGAUCAACGACAGAAGCAGUUAGGUCUCCCUACCAGCAAAGAGAUCGAGAAUGAAGGCCUCUUGAAGCAAUUCAUGGCUCAGAAUCCAAAUUUCGCCAAUAAGAAUCCAAACAUGAACUUUUCCAACAUAAAGAUGAUGUAG